GUGGACGUCGCUUCCAUGGCACCGUUCAAUAUUGCAUAUGAGCUGCUAGUCACCAGGCUGGAGAACUUCCAACUUGAGACCAACAAAGCCUUUAACUUCACUGCCAGCCCUUCCCAGCCCCAGUAUUUUCUGUACAAAUUUCCUCAGGAUGUCGAUUCAGUCAUUAUUAAUGUGGUGUCUGAUGCAGCCUACCCGUGCUCAGUUGUCUCUGUCCAGGACAUUGUGUGCCCAGUGUAUGACCUGGACCAUAACGUGGAGUUCAAUGGAGUUUAUCAGUCUAUGACAAAGCAGGCAGCCAUAACAGUGCAGAGAAAAGAUUUCCCAGGUGAGCAGUUCUUCGUUGUGUUUGUCAUUAAGCCAGAGGAUUAUGCCUGUGGGGGUUCUGUGCCUUCUUCAAUUCCUGGAAAUGUUAACCGUACCUGGAACCUGCAGCGGACAAAGAACCUUCAAGUGACGAUUGUACCCUCCAUUAAAAAGUCUGUUUAUGUCCAGGCCAUGUUCUUCAGCUUCCUGAGUUUCCUCUCCUUUUACCUGGGCUCAGUGGUUGUUGCUUUUGUGCACUACAUUAGGGUUCAGAGGAAGGCUUCAGCUGGGAGACUGAGCCCUGAGCAUGGAUCUGGGAUGAUGACUUCUUCACACCCCAUCUCAGCCAGCACUCCUGAGGGAAGCAGCUACGGUGCUAUUGACGAGUCCAGCUCCAGCGGUGGACGUCAGCUGUCCUCCCCGGAGCGCAGGCCCCCGGCUGGCUCGGACACAGACAGCUCCGUGGAGGAGGAGAGCGACUUCGACACCAUGCCGGAAAUUGAGAGUGACAAGAACAUCAUCCGCACGAAGGUGUUCCUCUAUCUAUCAGAUUUGUCCAGGAAAGACCGAAGGAUUGUCAGCAAAAAAUACAAAAUCUAUUUCUGGAACAUCAUCACCAUUGCGGUGUUCUAUGCCCUGCCGGUCAUCCAGCUGGUCAUCACAUACCAGACGGUAGUGAAUGUGACUGGCAAUCAGGACAUCUGCUACUACAACUUCCUGUGUGCUCAUCCCCUUGGCGUGCUGAGUGCCUUCAAUAACAUCCUCAGCAACGUGGGCCACAUGAUGCUGGGCUUUCUCUUCCUCCUCAUCGUGUUGCGCAGGGACAUCCUCCACCAUCGGGCCAUGGAGAUGAAAGAUAUCUACACCCUGGACUAUGGGAUCCCAAAGCAUUUUGGUCUCUUUUAUGCUAUGGGCAUUGCUCUGAUGAUGGAAGGGGUGCUGAGUGCCUGUUACCAUGUCUGCCCUAAUUACUCCAAUUUCCAGUUCGACACCUCCUUCAUGUACAUGAUCGCAGGACUGUGCAUGCUCAAGCUCUACCAGACCCGGCACCCAGACAUCAAUGCCAGCGCCUACUCCGCCUAUGCCUCGUUUGCUGUGGUGAUCUCCCUGGCUGUCCUUGGAGUGGUGUUUGGAAAAAAUGACAUGUGGUUCUGGGUUAUUUUCUCACUGAUCCACGUUUUGGCCUCACUGGCUCUCAGCACCCAGAUCUACUACAUGGGUCGCUUCAAGAUCGAUGACCCUGACUCAGACAUGGGCAUAUUUCGGCGAGCAGUGAUGGUGUUGUACACGGACUGUAUCCAGCAGUGCAGCCGACCAAUGUACAUGGACAGGAUGGUGCUGCUCAUCGUUGGGAACCUGGUCAACUGGUCCUUUGCUAUCUUUGGGCUGGUGUAUCGGCCCAGAGACUUCGCCUCCUACAUACUGGGAAUCUUCAUCUGUAACCUGCUGCUGUAUCUGGCCUUCUACAUCAUCAUGAAGCUCCGCAGCUCUGAGAAGCUCCUGCCCAUCCCCAUGUUCUGCAUCGUGGCCACAGCAGUGGUGUGGGCAGCUGCCCUCUACUUCUUCUUCCAGACCCUCAGCAGCUGGGAGGAGACUCCAGCCGAGUCCCGGGAAAAGAACCGGCCAUGCAUCCUGCUGGGAUUCUUUGAUGACCACGAUGUCUGGCACUUCCUCUCCGCAGCUGCCUUGUUCUUCUCCUUUCUGGUCCUGCUGACCCUGGACGAUGACCUGGAUACGGUGCGCAGGGACAAGAUCCCAGUGUUCUGA